ACAAGGUAAACACGAUCAAUGCACAGAAGCCGCAGCAGCGUCUCUUUCAGGAAAGGAAGUGGCUCUGAAAGCAUUCUGAAGUGACUCUCGACCACACAGUGUUUCGGAAAGAUAAUAACUGGGCAGUCCCAAGACUUUCAACCAGAGUAAAUAAAAACCGUUUCACACCAGCGCUCUCUUAUAUCCGCAGGACGUAAAAACUGUAUGUGAAUUAAACAGGCGUUCCAGACAAUAACAGUUUUCUGAACGUUAAUGAUAAAUUCUCGUCUGUCCUCGGUAAGAUGAGCGGACUCGCACCAUCUGGAGGAAUGAGAUUCAUCGCAGUUGCUGUCAUACUUUGUGCUGGAUUUUUCUGGCCAACAGCCUCUGGCCAUCCUCGGCACGAAUGGACAAAACUGAUCCUGACCCAGCACUGGCCACAGACGUUUUGCAGUAUGGAAAACUGCACAACAAAUAUAAGCUUUUGGACUCUGCAUGGAUUAUGGCCCAACACUGGCAUGAGGUGCAACACAUCUUGGCAUUUUAAUGCCAGUCUGAUUGAGGACUUAAUACCAGAGAUGAAGAAAUACUGGCCAGAUCUACUGGUGCCUUCUUCCCCCGAAUUUUGGAAAUAUGAAUGGACAAAACACGGAACCUGUGCUGCGAAAGCAGAGUCUCUGAACAGUCAACAUAAAUACUUCAGCAAGGCUCUUGAGCUGUACCACAAGUAUGACCUUAAUAGUGUUUUAAAGAAAAACUAUAUUGUGCCUUCUGAGCAGCACUACACACUGGAUCAGGUGGAGACCGCCAUUACUAGCGUGUACAACGUGAAGACAAAGAUUCAGUGCGUCCAUCCGGGAAAGGGAGGCCAGGUUCAGAUUUUGGGUCAAAUAGAGAUCUGCGUCGACAGGGAUUUCCAGCUGAUCGAUUGCGAAAAGUCAACCGAAGAAAUCUGGAGCGAUGACAUCCCCGCAGUGGCUGUCAGUGGCCAGUCAGAGCUCAGCGUGUGUGAUCAGUCUGUGCCGGUCUAUUACCCCCCAGUGCCCGGCAGAUCAUAGAGGUGGGCAACCCCAGACCUCGUGUGCGAGCGUGGAAUCACUGAGCAUAACAAGACGAGAAGUCAUUCUGUCUAGCUUUUGAAAUCCUGGAAACAGAGGAAAGUCUUUCCUGUUUACACUGUCUUUUUAAAUAAUUGCACAAUAAAUGUUUUAAAUAAUUCUGCUGGAAAGAUAUAGUGACGAUUUAAGGGUGUAUGGACUGCUGUAUUCUAUGGAUACUGGGUCAUUUUUUUUAUUGGUCUUGUUGGUUUUACAGUGUAUCUUACUGAGCCAUACUUUUUUGGAGGGGUGAAUUUUAUUAAAAACGUGUCCUGAUUACAUUUUCCACAAAAAUUUCGAAGAAAAAUUUAAAUAAAGCGUGUUACACAUUAGGAAAGGUUUUUAUCGUUAUAACAAUUUUCAUGAAAGUUAAACACAGAUCCCACCUGACAACAGUGCCUAUGGACAUUUUACUUUUCUCCAAUUUACAUUAUUCAAAACUACUCUCAUUUAGUAGUACAGUAAAACCAUAGAACUAUGUAUAAAUGUUUGACGGUAUAGCAGUUAGAAAUAAUUUUUUAGCAAUGUGUUCAAUUUCCACUAAAAUCACAUUCAGUGAUCCUUAAAGCAAACCAAGUCUUAUCUAUUUAUGUUUAGUCUGUGAUGUUCUGCCUUUGUGUGUUUCAUCUGAUAAAUUUGUUAUUAUGAUUGGGAUUGAAAGAGGCCAUUCAUGUCUUAAUUUGCAGUGUUAAUGUGAAAAAUCCGUGCUAGGUUUUGAGCUUUGGGCCUAAUGGCUGCUGUCCCACGAUGCACAUUUAAGCUUCUGCCGCUGGAGGGCAGCACAUGCGCUCUGCCAAAAAAAAAACAAAAAAUCACAUUGCUGUUGUUUACAGAUAUGUUUUUCACGUGUACGCUUUAUGAAAGCAUGAUGGUUUUGAAGUUAGCAUUUCCACAAAAUGUUCUGGUUAAUAAACAGUGUGUUUGGGGCCUUUUCUUUUCAAAUACAAUUAUUAGGAGGCGGCCAUAUCAGAUGUGGGCAUUUGAUACGCAACUCCUCUUGUGAAAUACAUGCCUUAAUGUUCGAUUUCACACUGAGGAGAAAUUUAUACUGCUAGUCAAAUACUUUGUUUUUGAUAAAUGUCAUACACCAUUCACUUAAAAUGUGUUUGUAAUGCAGUGGCAACUGAAUAAAUGUAAACAUAAAUUCCUA